AUGGCGCUGGUGCCCGACUGCCCCCCGGACCUCCGGGUCUACGACUCGAGUUACAACCGCGGGUACACGUCGCCCCGGGAGCAGUCCGAGCACAGGUCGCGGCUGCUGCGCAAGAUCCACGACUCCUACCGCAAGGCGCUGGAGCGGCUGAACGCCAGGGCGAGGCCCGGCAUGGCGGCGCGCUUCCUCCACGGCGGCGGCGGGGCACUCUGCCUCGGCCUCCUCGACCCGGUCUCCAACAUCGUGGCCAACACCCUCAUCUCCCGCGGCGAGCCGGGCGACCUCGUCCACGUCCCCGAGGACAAGCUCGGGGACCUGGAGCGCCGCUCGCUGGACGGACUCGUCGCGUUCCUCACCCGCUUCUUCCCCUACCUCACCGACUGCCACGCCGUGCGCUUCCUGCUCCUCGCCGGCGCCGACCUGCUCGCCGCCGUCCGCGCCGUCGCGUCGGACCUCGGCAUGACGCGGUUAGGGUCAUCACCCGGGCCCGCCGUCGAGGAGGCCCUCGUGAUGGCCCUCAGGUGCGCCGCCCUGGCCGCCAGGCACCCGGACCCCGACCGCCUCGUCCUCGACUGGCUCGCCAUCUCCGGCCGCCUCGACGACACCGUGCGCCUCCUCGCCGACGUGCGCCGCCGCUCCCCCGAAUCCAGCCUCGACAGGCUCCCCAACCUGCUCGACGGAUUGCCGCCCCCGGCCCACCAAGACCUGUGGCGACGACUGACGGCCUCUCGUCCGCCUCCUCCUCGCCGCAGCGUGCCGCACCAGACCACCACCGCCCUCAACGGCACGCUCCAGGACGCGCUCCACGGGUUCUACCUCGAGGCCAUCGCCCGGUUGCCGGCCGGCGAGCUGCGCUCCCGGCUCCACCGCAGCCUGCUCGUGGCCGGCCACUGCUACGGCCCGCUCGACCCCGUCUCCAACAUUAUCAUCAACACCAUCUGGCACGACGCGGCGUUCCCGCCCGCCGUAAAACUCGAGGUGGACGUGAUCGGCACCAUGAUCCUCCACCGGACGGAGAACUGCUCCUUGUACGGCCUCGUCUCCUUCCUCUGCACACGCCACCGUCAUCUCACCGAUUUCGAUCAGGCCAUCUACUGCCUGCUCCAGGCAGACGGCGACCUACUCCUCGCGGACCGCCGCCUCGAUGAUGACGACGAGGCAGCUGCCGGCUUGGACAGAGCCUUCUUGGCCGCCGCUACGGCGGCCUACCACCCCAACCCCGAUGCUCAAGCAAAGCUUUUGCGACGUCUAUGUCCAUGUGAUGAGCGGAUAUCAUCUAUCCUACAAGGUAGUACUGGCCAACUCUCCUCUCAAGAUGUUCAGUGCCUUGCCAGGUUGUUGUGUCCUGAGGCUGCCUGCGGCGAGCAGCCGCUUCGCCGGUUCCCCCAUCCAUGGUACUUGUCAUCGCAAACAAUGAUGUGCAAAAAGAUCAAUGCUGCAUUGAGUGCAUAUGCCGCGAUGCUCAGCGGGGAACCCAUGUAUGAGCUUCAUACAAUCUGUGGUGUGAACAAAUAUGUGUCAGGCCCAGUUGGCACUGAUGCUAAGUGCUACCGCACCCAUGUCAAUUUCCUGGCAACUCCCAAAGGCACUCAGUUUCCUGCCGGCACAACUCCGCUGCUAUUCUUCGCUGAGGUUUGCAAUGAUGAUGAUGAUGACAGAGCUGGAAUGCCACAACCCUUCGUCUGUCGCGUGUGGGUGCCGUUACCAUGUGCCGGACGAGUACGGUGCCUUUACUGUGACCACAAUGGGUAUUAGGAUCGUGCAUCCGGUUGGGGAAGACUUCCAUGGGCGCAAGUUGGAGUUUGAGAAGAUGGUCUGUGGAGAAGACCCCUGCGACGAUGAUUUUGAUCCUGCAGUGGACCAACCAUAUUACACCAAUACAAAG